AGGAGCCCGAUAAUUCGCAGUUUGGCUUCCUGCGAAAGAAAAAGAGAAAACAUGCUGAUACUGCUCAGGACUGUGGAGUUUAAACUGAGCAGCACUCGAGAUCUGAAGCUGGUCCUGCGAGGAACAGAGCAAGAGACUGAGCAAGAGACUAGAGCAAGAGACUGAGCAAGAGACUAGAGCAAGGGACUAGAGCAAGAGACUGAGCAAGAGACUAGAGCAAGGGACUAGAGCAAGAGACUGAGCAAGAGACUAGAGCAGCCCCGGCUUCUGUGCUGUGACAAACUCAGCUCUACAGCAGUGAUUUUAGAUAAAACUACUUGCAUACUCUAUUAAAAACAACUGUCAGGAGCGCACAGAAACACCCGUUCCUCGGACCAUGCUUUCUCUUUUCCUGGACUUACUAACUACUAAGUCACUGGUUACUAUGAGUACUGACUGAAGCUUCAGAACAUUUAAAGGGAUCUGCAGUCCGGACUGGGAACGGCUGGUGGUGCCAACCUUUGCGUUUGAAACCGAGUUGAAAAAAAAAAAAAUGUUCUGAAGGUUUUUUUUUAUAGACUGGAUAUUUUUAUAUAGACUGGAUGACUGCUUCUUUGUUGUAAAUCAAUUAAAUAAAUUAAAAAAAAACAUUAUUAAUUUGAAUUCUUAUUAUUACAGAUAUACAUAAUAUAUUUAUUAUUUACAGCAACAAUAACAAAAUGGAUCAUUCCGCGUGUUUUGUGGCAGUGUGUGUUCUGGUUUUAUUGCUGGGUCUUCGGAUUGAAGUAGUGGUUUGUCAGCAUUACUACCACCUCCGACCCGUUCCAAGUGACAAUCUACCCCUUGUGGACCUUAUUGAGCACCCGGACCCUGUAUUUGACCCUAAAGAACGCGAUAUCAAUGAGACCGAGCUGAGAAGUGUAUUGGGCAGUAACUUUGACCCGCACUACAUGUCCGUUUCCCCUCCUGAGGACCGAUACGCAACAAGCGAUGAGCUAUCGGAUCAGGACCCGCUCCUCAGGCAAAAGCCCACGGGGGCGAUGCCCAGGGACAUCAAGACUAUGGAAUUUUUUGACAUGCUGCAUGGUAAGAAGCAGAAACCGAGCAAAAAACUCAGAAGAAAGUUGCAAAUGUGGCUGUGGUCCUACACGUCGUGCCCAGUUGUUUAUUCCUGGAACGAUCUUGGGAACAGAUUCUGGCCCCGCUAUGUGAAAGCGGGUAGCUGCUACAUUAAAAGAUCUUGUUCAGUUCCAGAAGGGAUGGUUUGCAAACCUGCCAAGACUGCCCAUUUUACGAUCUUGAGAUGGAGGUGCCUGCAGCGAAAGGGAGCACAGAAGUGCAAUUGGAUACCAGUUCAGUAUCCCGUUAUAUCCGAAUGCAAAUGCUCCUGCUCGAACUGAAAUCAACUUGUUAAUAGCGACAUGGAUAUUUUUUAUAUGCACUGCCAAGUGUAGGAGGGAAUGUAUAUGUUAUGUAUAUGUGGUGCCAUUGAAAUAAUAUACCUGUAAAAAAGUCAGUAUUAUGCAUAAGAUAACCAGCGUCUACUGUAUU